AACGGGCCAUUUGGUCCCCUUGCACCGCCCAGGUACCUGCACUUCCUCCGGGGACGCCCGGGCGUCGCCGCCAGCCCCCGAGAUCCACCGCCGCCCUCAGCUUGUGUGUCUGCCGAGCUUAUCUGCCCUGCACGGGCCCGCGUGCCGCCCAUGGCGGGGGCCGCCACGACCACGGCCUUUGGGCAGGCGGUGAUCGGCCCGCCCGGCUCGGGGAAGACCACGUACUGCCUGGGCAUGAGUGAGUUCCUGCGCGCGCUGGGCCGGCGCGUGGCGGUGGUGAACCUGGACCCGGCCAACGAGGGGCUGCCGUACGAGUGCGCCGUGGACGUGGGAGAGCUGGUGGGCCUGGGCGACGUGAUGGACGCGCUGCGGCUGGGGCCCAACGGCGGCCUGCUCUACUGCAUGGAGUACCUGGAGGCCAAUCUGGACUGGCUGCGGGCCAAGCUAGAGCCCCUCCGCGGCCACUACUUCCUCUUCGACUGCCCGGGCCAGGUGGAGCUCUGCACGCACCACGGCGCCCUGCGCAGCAUCUUCUCCCAGAUGGCGCAGUGGGACCUCAGGCUGACUGCUGUCCACCUGGUGGAUUCUCAUUACUGCACAGACCCGGCCAAGUUCAUUUCCGUACUGUGUACUUCUCUGGCCACCAUGCUGCAUGUGGAGCUGCCCCAUGUCAACCUCCUCUCCAAGAUGGACCUCAUUGAGCACUAUGGGAAGCUGGCUUUCAACCUGGACUACUACACAGAGGUCCUGGACCUCUCCUACCUGCUCGACCACCUGGCUUCUGACCCUUUCUUCCGCCACUACCGUCAGCUCAAUGAGAAACUGGUGCAGCUCAUUGAAGACUACAGUCUGGUCUCCUUCAUCCCUCUCAACAUUCAGGACAAGGAGAGUAUCCGGCGGGUCCUGCAGGCUGUGGAUAAAGCCAAUGGCUACUGCUUUGGGGUCCAAGAACAGCGAAGCCUGGAGGCCAUGAUGUCUGCCGCCGUGGGAGCCGACUUCCAUUUCUCCUCUACCCUGGGCAUCCAGGAGAAGUACCUGGAACCCUCAGACCAGUCGGUGGAGCAAGAAGCCAUGCAGCUGUAGCAGCAGGCUGGAGAACAAGAGGCAUAACCCAGCACUGGAGAACGUGGCAGCUCCCAGUGACAGUGGACAGCUCAGUGGACUGCAGAUCCAAGAGCAGUCUUUCCAACCAGAGCAGAGCACCCACCAACCCCUCCGUGGGCAUGAGCUCUUGGUGCUGUUGCCGGGGAUUCGGGGCUGGCCCCACUUGGGCUAUGAUGGAAUAUGCUACAAAUACAAGAGUUUAUUUUCUA